AUGACUUGGCCCACGUGUAAUUCCACCGAGGAGAAUAUCACAAUCCAUGAGGUCAACCUCUGGGAUGGAGGUAUUACCUUCCACACCUUAGCGGUGUAUCUAUGCGCCAUCUUCACCGUACUGGCCUCCAUUCUCGCCGGGAUUAUAAUGCUAGGCCAUGCCACGCAUUACAGUAACCCCGCGGAGCAGCGACACAUCAUUCGAAUUCUUUUUAUGAUACCCAUCUAUUCUAUCACUGGUUUCCUCUGUGUCUACUUCUACCGAUACUCAGUCUAUUACGAUCUGAUCGGCAACUGUUACGAGCCAUUUGCGAUCGCCUCCUUUUUCGCUCUCCUCUCCUCUUACAUUGCGCCCGACCUGCACUCACAAAAAGAGUAUUUCCGCACCAUUGUUCCCGUGAACUGGGUUUGGCCCCUCAACUGGUUCCAAAAAUGCUGUUGUGGAAGUCGCGAUAAAGGGGUUUGGCGCAAGCCUCGAAGCGGACUUACUUGGUUCAAUGUGAUCUGGAUCGGCGUUUUUCAAUACUGUAUUCUGCGAGUGGUUCUGACCGUAAUCGCCGUGGCAGCUGAGGCUGCAGACCGCUAUUGCCAGAACUCGGACAGCCCCAAGUUUGCGCAUAUCUGGGUCAUCGUUCUUGAGUCGAUUGCAGUCACCAUUGCCAUGUACUGCUUGAUCCAGUACUACAUUCAAAUUAAAGGAGACAUCGCGCACCAUCGGCCCUUCCUGAAGAUUCUCUGCAUCAAGCUAGUGAUUUUCCUCUCCUUCUGGCAAACGACCAUCAUCGAUUACCUUACCUCGUCUGGAACGAUCAAAUCAUCCGCCAAAGUCCAAUUAUACGAUUGGAACAAUGGACUGCCAAACCUCCUCAUCUGUAUCGAGAUGUUCUUGUUCGCCAUUCUACAUUUCUGGGGCUUCCCAUGGAGCUCCUAUGUCAUCACCCAAGAAGACAUGAAAGACGGCACUGAGCGACGGUAUCAUGGUGGAUGGAUGGGCAUCAAAGCCUUUGUUGAUGCUAUGAACCCGUGGGAUCUGGUCAAGGCUACUGCACGCGGGUUCCGUUGGUUAUUCGUGGGUCGAAGACACCGUGAGGCUGAUCCUAGCUACGAUAUGGAUAUUCCCAAGCGUGACCCCAACAGCACCGGUGCCUCCAAGGAGGACUUACCAGUUGUGUGA